GAGGAAACUAGAACAUUGAGGGUGAAGCCAAAGAAGGACUUAGGGGCGCUGUCGGGGGCGGAGGUUUCCUCGAUUGACAAUGACCAUCAGAUGGGAAAAUAAGCUUCCUCCCUAGGAUGAAAAUUAGAAGUCAAGGUGGAAAGAGGCGAAUCUGCUAACGGAGGAUCCAGUCCCCGCUACCGGCCUGAGCCUCGCGUUGCAGCAAGAGAGAUGAAGGUCAGGGCUGCCGAGGGACCCUGGGGGCCGGGAGUCGGGGAAGGGGCGUGGCUGCUGUGGGAGGAGGCCAGGCCCCGCCCCCCACGAGGGGACGAGUCAUUUCCGUUCGCCGAGAAACGGAGCGCAGCCGGCCGGGUUGCAGGCGGGGCACUUCGGGCAGGACCUCCCUGGUCGGAAGUGGCCGUGAGCCCGAGCCGCGCGGUCCCGGGUGAGUACGGGGCGGGGCGGAGGCAUGUGCGAGGCUCUCUGCCUGUGCCCUGGGAAGUGGGGAUUCCAACUCGCGGAGGGAUGGAGCACGCGUCGUCGCCUGGGAAACGGAUCGACCCGCGGAAGGCGAGCGGGUGGGACUUCCGGAGCAGUUAAUGGUGGGGAAACUUCCUUGGAUGUGGGCGGAGGCGGGACUUCCUGCAGCAAACUGGGGCUGUGCGCUACUGAAGCCCGUUUACCUGCUCCCCAGGCCGGCACCCAGGAUGGGCGAGGUGGAGGCCCCGGGCCGCUUGUGGCUCGAGAGCCCCCCUGGGGGAGCGCCCCCCAUCUUCCUGCCCUCGGACGGGCAAGCCCUGGUCCUGGGCAGGGGACCCCUGACCCAGGUCACGGACCGGAAGUGCUCCAGAACUCAAGGUGGGCGGGGCCUGAGCUGGAGGGGGUGUGGCCUGUUGCAAAAGCGGGAACAAUCCAGAGGGACGCUUGGCUGCUACGCGGGAUUGCAGUGGUGCAGCCAGCCCCGAAGUCGGAAGGUGCUUUCUAGGGAGUACGGGAAGAGAAAAUUUGUGCUUGAUUUAGAAUUAGCUAGAUCCUUUGGGGGAGAGGGGAUCGAGCGGAUUUCGGGAGGAUGUUCACUGCGCGGAUGAUACUCAGGCCAUCGGGAAAUCCAGAAACAGGCGACGACCCUUGUCAAGAGAAAAAUGAUCCUAUGGAGAAAAGUAAAUGUCGCAGGGUUGGGAUGGAUGGUAACAGGCCAAGCCCCGGACCUGUAUCUAGCCACAUUUUUUGUCAAGGAGGAAACCAAUUCUAUAGAGAAAAGUACCUCCCUGUCCCUUGCAAGGACCAGUGUCAGGCAAUCCUAGUGCCACCAUCUGGCUACUGCAUGUCAAGGAGCCAAUCCCGUGUAGAAAUAAACUGCCUCUUACUCCCUGGAUGCUAUAGCCUGAAGCAGGCCACACUCCCCAGAAAUGAGGGAACCAACCACACAAGGAUGCGAAUCCUGACUCCACCCCUCCAAUCCUCAGUGGAGCUGGUCGCAGAUCCCGAGACCCGGACAGUGGCAGUGAAACAGCUGGGAGUUAACCCCUCAACUGCCGGAACCCAGGAGUUGAAGCCGGGGUUGGAGGGCUCUCUGGGGGUGGGGGACACACUGUAUUUGGUCAAUGGCCUCCACCCACUGACCCUGCGCUGGGAGGAGACCCGCACACCAGAAUCCCAGCCAGGUACUCCACCUGGCACCCCUCCGGUGUCCCAAGACGAGAAGAGAGAUGCUGAGCCGCGGAAGAAGCGUAUGCGGAAGUCAAACCCCGGCUGGGAGAACUUGGAGAAGUUGCUAGUGUUCACCGCAGCUGGGGUGAAACCCCAGGGCAAGGUGGCUGGCUUUGAUCUGGACGGGACCCUCAUCACCACACGCUCUGGGAAGGUCUUUCCCACUGGCCCCAGUGACUGGAGGAUCUUGUACCCAGAGAUUCCACGUAAGCUCAGAGAGCUGGAAGCCGAGGGCUACAAGCUGGUGAUCUUCACCAACCAGAUGAGCAUCGGGCGUGGGAAGCUGCCAGCUGAGGAGUUCAAGGCCAAGGUGGAGGCUGUGGUGGAGAAGCUGGGGGUCCCCUUCCAGGUAUGGCUGGAAGGGAGACUGGGAGCUAUGUGGGGACACAGAGAUCCAGAGCGAGGGCUUGACUCCCGGGUGCUGGUGGCCACGCAUGCAGGCUUGUACCGGAAGCCAGUGACGGGCAUGUGGGACCAUCUGCAGGAACAGGCGAACGAGGGCGUGCCCAUCUCCAUCGGAGACAGCAUCUUUGUGGGAGACGCAGCCGGACGCCCGGCCAACUGGGCCCCCGGGCGGAAGAAGAAAGACUUCUCCUGCGCAGAUCGCCUGUUUGCCCUCAACCUUGGCCUGCCCUUCGCCUCACCUGAGGAGUUCUUUCUGAAGUGGCCAGCAGCCGGCUUCGAGCUCCCUACCUUUGAUCCCAGGACUGUCUCCUGCUCAGGGCCUGUCUGCCUCCCGGAGUCCAGGGCCCUCCUGAGCGCUAGCCCGGAGGUGGUUGUUGCAGUGGGAUUCCCUGGGGCCGGGAAGUCCACCUUUCUCAAGAAGCACCUCGUGUCGGCCGGAUACGUCCGCGUGAACAGGGACACGCUAGGCUCCUGGCAGCGCUGUGUGACCGCGUGUGAGACAGCCCUGAAGCAAGGGAAACGGGUCGCCAUCGACAACACAAACCCGGAUGCCGUGAGCCGCGCCAGGUACGUCCAGUGCGCCCGAGCCGCGGGCGUCCCCUGCCGCUGCUUCCUCUUCACGGCCACUCUGGAGCAGGCGCGCCACAACAACCGGUUUCGAGAGAUGACGGACUCCUCUCACGUCCCCGUGUCAGACAUGGUCAUGUAUGGCUACAGGAAGCAGUUCCAGGCCCCAACGCUGGCCGAAGGCUUCUCUGCCAUCCUGGAGAUCCCGUUCCGGCUGUGCGUGGAGCCGAGGCUGGAGCGGCUGUACUGCCAGUUCUCCGAGGGCUGAGCCCCGCCCAGCUCCCCUCCACAAUAAAUGCUGUUUCUCCAUGA